CCCCUUUCUCUCCACCCCAACCCUUCAACCCUUCGGCGUCCUUCUUACCUGCCCAUUCACCUGCAGUUGCAGGCCAGGUAAGUCCUCGCUUCAGCAGGCCAACGUCAGGGACCCGCCGCGCAUGACCAUACUUCUGAUCCAUCGCUCGCAGACAGCAGCGAUGGAUCAGGAGGCAGGCGAGACUGACGAGGCCUACGAGGCACGACUGGCGGCCAUCCUGGCCGACACCAAGCAAUGGGCAGACGCAGCGGCAGCAGCACGGAAGAAGAAAGAAGCAGAGGCAGAGAGACUACGUCUUCUGGCUGAAGAGCAGCGGCAGAAGCACGAAGCAGCAGCAGCCAGGGCAGCUGAUGAGGAACGCGCCAAGGAUUGGCAGAAGGAAGCCGAGAACGGCGAUCCCGUUGACGUCGGGAGCAGAGUAUCUCAGCUGCUCAACCGUGUCACGGACCUCCUCGCGACUUGCAUCGCGCAGCAGGAGGAUAUCUACUCUCUCGACCACACCAACAAGGCGUUACAGCAGUCGCUGGACCAGACGUUCAAGCGCGUUCAACAGCUGGAGCAGCGGGUCGCUAACGCCAAUGCCAGCACCGGCCCCUCCAACCUCGUCGACCACGUCAACAUCUUGGAGAUAGACGUGGGAACACUUAAGACUGGGGCACAGCAGCUGCAACAGCAAGUCUGCGCAGCAGCCGGCCCUGGCACAAUGACACGCGAAAGCAUUGUCAAGUUCGAUGGGCUCCUGAUCUUCUUCACCGAGUUGCACAAGUACAUCACCUUGGCCGAUCUGACGGCGGCAUGGAAGAAGCGUUUCCAAGUAGAACCGCCCGAGCACAAGGCGUUGGACAAGCUGCUGACGUUUUCGCAGAACAGCAUGCCAAGCGGAGACUGGAUUUCCAAGUUCCAACGCCUCGCAAGCACGCCCAAGCUGCCGCUGAACUUCGGCGGCAUCAAGCUCUAUUUCAUCAAGAGGUCGUGCCCAGCGUUGCAGAAUGCGUUGACUCAUGUCGCCGACACCCUCACUACAAGUGAGGAACUCUUCAACAAGGCCGCGCAGAUCAUCGUGACGAACUUGGCAGCCCAGAAUACGGGCCCUUUGUCAAAUGCCGGCCAAGGCGUGCACCAACAUCGGCCUAAAGUGGUCGUGGUCACAGCACCAACGACUAGCGACCCUUCUACUUCAAACGAGGCUGUUUCGUCUGACGAGGGAGACAGACUCGCAGCUGCCCAGAAUGGUGGCCGCCCCGCCAAAGGACGAGGACGCGGCAAGGCGAAGACCAACACCAAUACUUCUUCUGGGCCCGGGCAAGCAGCUCCAGCUCAAGGACCUUGGACAGCGUACGGUCUGACGGAGCGCGGGAAUCUUCUCUUCGUUCGGAAGAAGAACAAGGACCUUCGCCUAUGCAUUGAUUACCGCAAGCUCAAUGCGCAAACCGUCAAGAACGUGGGACCUCUUCCUCGUAUUGACGACCUUCUGGAGCGCUUGGGCGGCGCAAAAUUCUUUUCUAAAUUGGAUUUGAAGUCAGGAUAUCAUCAGAUCUCGAUUCGGCCGCAAGAUCGCUACAAGACCGUGUUCAAGACACGGUACGGGCACUUCGAGUGGGUUGUUAUGCCUUUUGGACUCACCAACGCCCCGACGACUUUUCAAGCGGCGAUGACCAACGAGUUCCGAGCAAUGUUGGACCGGUUCGUGCUGGUCUACCUGGACAACAUCCUUGUCUAUAGCCGGACCUUGGAGGAACAUCUUGACCAUCUUCGACGAGUGUUGGAGACACUCCGGCGCGCCAAGUUCAAAGCCAACCGCGACAAGUGCGAGUUCGUGCGUCAAGAGUUGGAAUACUUGGGCCACUUCGUCACUCCACAAGGCAUCAGCCCGUUGUCGGACAAGAUUCAAGCCCUCCAAGAUUGGCCGGAGCCACGGAACGUCACGGAUGUCCGAUCAUUCCUUGGCCUUGCUGGCUACUACCAACGCUUCAUCAAAGGCUACUCGAAGAUCGCGGCUCACUUAACCAAGCUUCAAUGCGAGGACCGACCGUUUGACUUCGGGACGGACACGCGGGAAUCAUUAUUGGCCCUCAAGGCCGCAUUGCUUUCCGCGGAGGUAUUGCGGAUAUACGACCCGCUAUUGCCAAUGUGCGUCACCACGGACUCAUCCGGCUAUGGCAUUGGUGCCGUCCUCGAGCAACAUGACGGCGUGGAUUGGCACCCGGUCGAAUAUUUCAGCAAGAAAGUGUCGGCCGUGCACUCCAUCGACGAUGCACGCAAGAAGGAACUUCUCGCCUUCGUYCACGCACUCAAGCGAUGGCAGCACUUCCUCCUCGGUCGACGCCAGUUCCGAUGGGUAACGGACAACAAUCCUUUGGUGUUCUACAAGUCGCAAGACACUGUCAACAUCACAAUUGCCUGUUGGAUGGCCUUCAUCGACCAAUUCGACUUCUUUCCCGAUCACAUUCUGGGGAAGUCGAACCGCUUUGCGGAUGCCCUUUCGUGGCGUCCGGACCACUGCACCGCGGUCUACUCAACCUUCGAGAUCGAGGAUGACUUGCGGGACAGCUUCAUCCACGGCUAUCAAGCCGACCCCGAGUUUCGCGACAAGUACGCAAACUGUUCCUCUCCCAAUCCRGCGCCUUCGCAGUAUCGGAUCCAAGAGGGAUAUUUGCUUCUUCAUUCGCGGGGGAAGGAUCUUCUUUGUGUGCCGCAAGAUUCACAUUUGCACACCCGGCUUCUUGGYGAGUUCCACGACGCCCCCGCCACCGGACACUUUGGAGUCAAUGGCACGAUUGGCCGACUACGCGAGCGCUUUUGGUGGCUCAGUCUCCUCGACGACGUCACGCGCUAUUGCGACUCAUGCAAAGUUUGCCGACGUUGCAAACCUCGCAAUCAUYGUCCUUAUGGCGAACUGCGACCAUUGUCGGUCCCCUUGCGCCGAAGGGAAGCGAUUGCCAUGGACAUCACCGGRCCGUUCCCCAAGCACAAGACGGGCGUCGAUGGGAUUCUCAUAGUGGUUGACCGCCUCACCAAGUUUGCCAUGUUCUUGCCUUGCCGCUAUCACACCAAGGCACCGGAGUUGGCCGAGAUUCUCUACGCCAGUCGGAUUCGAACCAAGGGUUACCCCAAGGAGAUCGUCUGCGACCGCGACACUCGGUUCAUGUCCGAUUUUUGGUUGGCGCUCAUCAAACGAUGGGGCUCAUCCCUCAAGCCAAGUUCGGCUCGCCACCCCCAGACCGAUGGCCAAACGGAGAGGGCACAUCAGACCGCACAGGUCCUUCUUCGAACUCUCAUCCGUCCCGACCAGAAAGAUUGGGUUGAGCGGCUGCCGGAUGUCGAGUUGGCAUACAACUCGUCCAUCCAUCCGAUUAUCGGAAUAUCGCCCUUUGAGUUUGAGCAUGGCUCGCCGGUCAAUUCUCCGUUGGACACAAUCCUUCCACGGACGGCCGAGAGCGACGACCACCUCCUCUUCAUUCGUCGGAUGCAAGAGCUUCUUGUCAAGGCACGUGACCAGAUGGCAAAGACGCAGCAACGUAUGCACCAACAGGCCAACCGCGAGCGUCUUCCUUGUCCAUUCCGCGCCGACGACCUCGUAUGGGUCUCCGCUGCAGAAUUCAGCCUCGAACAAGACAUCUCUCGCAAGCUCCUUCCGAAAUGGAUGGGGCCCUGGUCGAUUGAGGCACCCUCUGGGGACGCACCCGAAGGACCUUCAUUCGUCAUUAAGGUGCCCGCCCACUUGCCCGUCAACCCGGUCUUCCACUGUUCCAAGUUGGCCCUCUACACGCCAGYGGAACUUGACGACUUUCCCAGGCGACGAUCGCAAGACCCACCCUCGAUGGACGGUUUCCAAGAGGUUGGCGACAUCACAUCCCAGCGACGUUACGGCAACAGGCCGACUGAAUCUUUGGUCCACUUCGCAUACUGCACCCAUAGAGCUGACCGAUGGCUGACUCGUGCGGAACUUCAGGCAACAGCGCCCGAUGCCCUCGCACGCUACGAACAGAAGUUGAAAGGCAAGCCGGCAUCUUCGGCUCCACGACGCACACGCGUCCAAGUWCCGCCUUCAGAUCGUCAACUUCGCCCCCGACCGGCUUGACUUCAUAAGGAGGGGGGGGUGUUACAUGCUGAGCCUGCACACGGGCCCCAUUUGAC